CCCGUUCCGCCGGGGUUGAGGCGUGUGGUCCUUUGAGCGAGGAGCGCGGCCAGAGGGCCGGCGGCUCCCAGGCUCCGCCCGCCCUGCUGCGCUCAGGUACUGGGCCCGUAGUGGCCCGAGAGGCGCCGGUCCGUGCGCGCGCGCGCCCGGGGCUGUGCGUGCGCGCGCCGGCGCGGGGCCGCGCGUGAACUUGGCUCAGGAGGUACCCGUCCCUGUCAGCUCGCCAAGCCCGGCCCGUGCGGCCCGAUGCUUUUCCACCAGCGUCGGUGCCGAGCGUUUCCGCCGCUGGACCGGGAGAGCGCGGCGGGCGGGGCGCUGAGGGCGCGGGGACUGGAGCGCUCGCCGUCUGGGGUUGGGACCCCCGCCGCACGCACGACCCCCAGGCCCGCCGAGCCCCGAGCCCCCGCGCCCCCCGCCCCCUGCGCGUCCCAAGAGUCCCGGGCCCCGAGACUCCUGCGCCCCCGCAGCCUCACCCACCCCGGCCUCCUGCGCCCCGAGACCCCCGCCCAUCCCGCGCACCCGGGGCCCGGUGCACUGCCCGCACCCUUUGCCUCGCCUGGGGCGCGCUGCCACUUGUUGAACCGACUUUGACCUGUCGUCGUUCCUGUGCUGAGAGCAGUUCCUGGGGCUCCUCUGCCUGGCAUCUUGCAGCGAGAGAGAAGCAGGAAGUUUGACGUGCUAAGCUGUGCGUUAAGGGAGCUCCGAAGCUGGACCUGCGCGACGCGGGGACCUGUGGAAGAGACAGACGCGACGCUCGGAGGAACCCGCGGAAAUGGACCCCUCGUCUUUCAAGGGGGAGCGCGGCCUCGAGGCUUAGCUCAGGGCCAGCAGCGGCCGGGGCCUCCCGCAGCCCCACGCGCCGGAGCGCCGGUGGCCCGCACUGCGGGCGGAGGCCGCGGGCCCCAGACCAUGCUCACCCUCAUCACCGAGAAGCUGCAGAACCAGAGCCUGGACGACCUCGCCCGCAAGAGCUUCGAUGCCGGCCUGCCCUGCUGUCUCAUUCGCCCCAAUGGACGGUGGUCUCGGGCUGGUGAUCCUGCCGGUCCCUGGGUGCCCAGGCCUGUGCCAGGCGCUGUGUGCCAGGCCCCCGCCCGCCCUGGCCGGCGUCUGUCCUGGCACAGCCCGAUGGUGAUGAACCCAGCUGUCACUUAGUCCCUUUAUGAGAAGCAGCACGGGACCGCCCUUCUUCCCCCUUGACCAGGAGUGGACAUCCCAUGCACAGCUCCCUCCUCGCCGAGUGUUCUGCUGAGAAGCUGAACAAGUGGGGCCCCCGGCUCCCUUUGGAGCCUGAAGGAGAACAGCGCCCCCGGAAGGUGGUCAGUGGAGGACGCCUCAUCGGAAGCCAGGCGGCUGCGGGCGCCGCCCUCCCCUUCCCGCGCAGCCCGCGUGGCCCAAGCGCCAGCCUGGGUGCCCUCAGCGCCUGGGACCUCAGGGAGAGCGUGGGGCCGCCCUCCGCCCCCCCCACCAAGCGACACUGCCGCUCCCUGUCCGAGCCUGAGGAGCUGGCUCGCUGCCGGUCACCCUGGCGCCCUGGCGGCUCCAAGGUCUGGACGCCUGUCCCCAAGAGGCGGUGCCACAGCGGCGGGAGUGCCACGCUGCUGGGAGGCCCGGGCGCCGGCCCGGCUGGGAGCGCCGGGUCGCCGCCCAAGCCCCGGCCGGGCUCGGCUUCAGCCCGCAGCGGCCUCCCGGACCCCGGCCCGGCCCGGCUCCUGGCAGGGCCCUGCACGCUGUGCCCGCGGCGCCGCCUGUCCCUGUCGCAGGAGCACCUGGCCGAGGGGGCCACGGGCCCGCCCUCGCCCGCGUCCACGCCCGCGUCCACCCCCGAGCUGGGCCGCCGGCCGGGCCUGCUGCGCUGCCGCUCCCAGCCGUGCGUGCGUGCGGGCGGGCCGGGCCGGCGGAAGCGCAGGCUGGAGGAGGACGCCCGCUGGCCGCGCCCGGCCCUGGACUUCCUGAAAAUGACCCGGGCUCGGCACCCAGGCUGGUCCAGUUCACAGACUCCUCGAGGCGGCAGCCGCACUGCGACCAUCUGUGGCCCUGAGGCUGGACGGGGACCCAGGGGGCCGCCUCGGGGCUCCUCACCUGAUGACGCUCAGUGGGACUCACCUGCUGAAAAGCCAGCCAGGCCUGGGCGCAAGUGUGAACACACACACACACACACACUCGUUGGGGUCUCUGCUUGUUCAGUUAAGCUGCGUAUUUCCGGGAAACAGUCUCUUUCGUUUAAGGUCCCGGCUUCGGGUGCGGAGCUGGUGGUUGUGUUUCUCAGGCCUCGACCUCACUGGGAACGGGCGGGUGCAAGAGGCUGGAAGCCCUGGAGACGAGCACAGCAGCUGAGUGUUUCCGACCCUCUGGAGAACCUGCCCCCCUUCUUGGUUCUGAUCCCCAAGGUGGGCGUUGGGCCGGGUCGGGCGUCGAGGCCCCUGGGCCGCCCGGCAGCCCCUCUGUCCCUCGCUGGCCGCCAGCUCACUGCCUCUGGAAACGGAGCCCCUAAGUGACAGUUUUGCAGUGGGUCAGCGGUGUGAACGCACCACCUCUGAUGCCCCUGCCCCCGACUCCUCCAGAGCCCUGCGGGCGCCAGCGGGCACCCAGCAGCCCCUUGCAGCCCCCCACCCCUCCACGGCCUGCUCAGGCUCGGCCCCCAGGCCCACCCACUCCAAGCGCCAAGGCCGGGCCUCCUGUACGUCUGACCAAGCGGCUGUACCCUGCGCCCCCCCCCCCCCGCCCUCCUCAGGUUCACCCUUUGCUGGACGGGCUUACAGAACCCCAUCAGCGCUGCAUUCACUAACACCUGCUUAUUCCAACGGACAACCCAGGAAGAGGGGCCCGGGGCCAGGCGAGGGGCGGGGGCGGGGGUGGCGCAGAACUCCACCCCCUCACUGGGGGCCUGCCCCUCAGCUGCUCAGCUGCCAGUGCCACCCUUGAGGGCAGUUACGGAGGUUGCGUCACCUGGGUGUGGCGGAUUAAGUCUCCGACCACGACCACCGGGGAUUAACUGGCUCCCUGGAGGUGAGGCUGGGCUGCACGUCCCUGCCCCGGAGUCCCAGCCCUUGAGCCUGACUGGGCUGCGGUGAGGAGGGGCUCCUCCGACUCCAGACGACUCUCACCUUGUUGUUCAGGGGACCCCGAGGGCCUUAGGAGCCCCGGGCCAGGGACCUGGACAGAAGCCAAAUGUAUGUUUCUUUUCUGUUCUUUGUCUUUUUUUUUUUUUUUGUCUUUUCA